AUGUCCUCCUACAUCUCAACCAACAAACUUCACAACUCUCGCAUCCUCUUGAUAGGUGGCACAUCAGGCAUCGGUUUCGGUGUUGCCCGUGCCUCGCUCGAGCACGGCGCUUCCGUAAUCGUUUCCUCCUCUAACCCAGAGAGAGUCGCAAACGCCGUUUCCGAGCUCAAAGCUCUCUACCCUGAGGAACCCUACGUGUCACGAAUCGUUGGGAAAGUAUGCGAUCUAGGCAAAGACGAUGAUAGUAUUGAGGCAGAGGUCGUGGGAUUGUUCGAGUUCGCUACGAAACGAGGCCUCUUCGGCGAGGAAGCUGAAAGUGAAGGCAAAGUUCCAAUCAACCACAUCGUCUUCACAGCUGAUCCUGGCGUGUCAGCAUCUUAUCUCCGCUCACUACACACAAUCCGAUAUAUCGGGGGAGCGCUCGUUGCGAAACAUGCCCCAGAAUAUAUGCCUAAACAGUCUCCCAAUACGCCCUCCAGUUCGAUAACUUAUACAUCCGGUGGUCUUCUCGUCCGGCCCAGGCCCGGAUUGUCUCUUGGCCUUGUCGGCGCGGCUAUAGUUGAGGGCCUCGCGCGCACUCUAGCUGUUGAUCUGGCGCCAUUCGGGAUCAGGGUGAAUGCGGUUUCGUUGGGGCCGGUCCGCACGGCAAUUUUUGAUGCAUUUGGAAGCAAGGACGUUGUUGAGGGCAUGUUGGAGACGUACGCAGAGCAGACUGUGCUUGGAAGGGUUGGUGCGCCCGAGGAUACAGCGGAAACGUAUCUUGGCUUGAUGAAAGAUGGGAACAUUACGGGGGCACUAGUGAGGACUGACGGGGGUUUUACGUUGAAGUAG